AUGGAGCAAAAUUUACGACCAACUACAAAUCGUCUUCAUGAAUUCGAUCCUACUUCUUAUGAUUGGGAGGAAUGGGAAAUUCGGUUCGACACCUUUCUUGAAGUUGAAGGUAUCGAGGACGACACAAAGAAAAGAAAUUUAUUAAUUAACGCACUUGGUGUUCAACCUUUCAAGACAUUAAUUUCGAUUUGCAAACCAAAUAAACCGACCGAAUAUACUUACAAAGAGUUGAUUGGAAAAUUACGAUCAAAUUAUGCACGCGUAACCUUUCCAUCUACUGAACGUAUAAAAUUUUUCGCAUCACGUCAACAAUCUCAUCAAAGCCUUACAGAUUUUGCAAAUGAUUUACGUGAUAAGGUAACAACAUGUCAAUUUCCGUCGGAUUUCUAUGAACAGGCAUUGAUAACUGCAUUUGUUGGUGGUCUGCAAAACGAUCAAGUUCACAGACACCUAAUGCAACGAAAUUUAACAACUUUUGAAGAAACAAUCAAUGCAGCUAAAACAAUUGAAUCUGUUUUACUUGAGAGUUCACAAGUCAGAAGUACUUUAUCCGAAGAAUUUAGUGUCAAUAAGAUUAAUAACAAAGCUGCACAACGUGCAAAUAUUGAUAAAAAAGAAACUUGUUUAAGUUGUGGUUCUAGUGGACAUGCACGAUCAGUUUGUCGUUUUCGUAACAGUACCUGUUACAAAUGCAACAGAGAAGGACAUAUUGCCAAGGCUUGCAUGUCCAAAUCAACUUCAAGCAAGUUUAAAGUUAAUACUAUAUCGUUAGUAUCACAAGCAGCAGGUGCUGAUGAUCAUCCAAUACGAAUUCAAAUUACAGUUGAUGAUAUACAAGUUAAUUUCGAGUUAGAUACAGGUUCGCCUAUAACGAUUAUAAGUGAACAUGUUUGGAGAACACUGGGAGAACCAAAAUUACGUCCAAUUCAAUCCAUCUAUAGUAGUUUUACAGGGCAUCCUGUCCGUCUUAAAGGUAAAAAGAUGGUCAAGGUGAAUUACGAUGGUCAAUGUUUUCAAUUACCACUGGUAGUUGGUAAUGAAACUUCAAGUAACAUUAUUGGUCGUAAUUGGAUCAACAUCUUACAUCUUAAUACUCGAAUAUUAGAUGCUCUUAUGGUAACAAAAAACAGUGGAAAACAUAUAUCGUAUGAUCUUGAAAGUAAAUUUACACGUCCUAUUCACAAAAUCUAUGAUCAGCCUAGACUCGAAAUGUUAUUACGUAAAUACGCAAACGUGUUGAGCAAGGAGCUUGGGCAUUGCACUAAAGUAAAGGCACACAUUCAAAUCAAAUCCGAAGCAACUCCAAAAUUCUUCAAGCCACGACCACUUCCUUUUGCAUAUCUAAAUGGCAUCAAGGAAGAAAUUCAACGCAAUAUUAAAGCUGGUAUUCUUCAAAGAAUAGAUACUUCUGCCUGGGCAGCACCAAUUGUACCGGUAAAAAAACCAAAUGGAAAAAUUCGUAUAUGUGGAGAUUUUAAAGUUACAAUUAAUCCAGAAAUUCUAGUUGAUCAACAUCCGAUUCCAUCGAUCGAUGAACUCUUGACACAUCUCAAUAACGGUAAAAGAUUCACCAAGUUGGAUCUGUCUGAUGCAUAUCUUCAAGUCGAGCUGGACGAUGAAAGUAAGAAGUUUGUAGUUAUAAAUACACCACUAGGCUUAUUUCAAUAUAACCGUAUGCCCUUCGGUAUUUCGAACGCACCAGCAAUAUUUCAAAGAACAAUGGAUCAAGUUAUUGCUGGUAUCCCAAAUUGUAUAGCUUAUUUGGACGAUAUCCUGAUUACAGGUGCAAAUGAUGAUGAACAUUUUCAAACACUUGAAAUGGUAUUAUUGAAACUUUCGGAAUUUGGUUUCAAAUGUAAUCCCGACAAAUGUUCAUUUCUUAAAAAUGAAGUUUCUUAUCUUGGUUUUAUCAUCGACAAGAAUGGCAAACGACCAGAUCCAAAACGAGUUGAAGCUAUUGCUCAUAUGCCCAUACCAAAAAAUGUUAAAGAAGUCGAAGCAUUCAUUGGUAAAGUAAAUUAUUAUGGAAAAUUUCUAUCAAAUUUUUCAGACAAAUGUAAACCAUUAAAUGCUUUACGACGAGCAAAUGUUAAAUGGAAUUGGAACCAAGAAUGCCAAAAAGCUUACGAUAGUCUUCGUCAAGAAAUAGCAAAAGCUACAACAUUAGUUCAUUUUGAUCCAAAAUUACCACUUAUAUUGGCAACAGAUGCUUCAAGUUAUGGACUAGGAGCCGUAAUUAUGCAUAGAUAUCCUGAUGGAUCGGAACGACCUAUUGCACAUGCUUCUAAAACAUUAACCAUCUCAGAAAAGAAUUAUAGUCAAAUUGAAAAAGAAGCACUCUCAAUUAUAUAUGGAAUUAAAAAAUUUCAUCAAUAUUUAGCUGGUCGUUUAUUUGAAUUAAAUACUGAUCAUCAACCCCUAUUAGCAAUCUUCAAUCCAACAAAAGGUAUACCUGUUUCAACAGCAAACAGACUUCAACGUUGGGCUAUAUGUUUAAUGGGGUAUAAUUACAAGAUCCGUUAUAAGCCUACAAUUUGUCAUGCAAAUGCAGAUGCAUUAUCAAGACUUCCCGUUGGUCCUGAUAAAUCAUUUGUGGAUAAAGAUGCUAUACAUAUUAAUUGUAUUCAAACAAAACUUAUAAAAGAAUGGCCGAUUCGUGCUACUGAAAUUGUAUCAGCAACUAACAGUGAUCGAAUACUUCGAAUAGUAAAACGAUUUACACUAACAAAAUGGCCUCCUUCAAUAUCCAAGGCAAAAGAACCUGAACUUAUUCCAUACUAUACUAGCCGACAUUCAUUAUCAGUUGUAAAUGGCUGUCUCUUAAGAGACACCCAAUUGGUUAUUCCAAAAGUACUACAACGACGAGUACUACACUUACUACAUCGUAGUCACCUUGGUACGGUUAAGAUGAAACAACUGGCACGAUCACAUUGCUGGUGGCCAGGUAUAAAUAGUGACAUUGUAAACAUUAUAAAAUCUUGUUCAACUUGUGAGAAAUUACAACCCUUACCAAAACAAGAAUUCAAAUCGUGGAAAGAACCAGAACAUGUAUGGUCAAGAGUUCAUAUUGAUUUCGCUGGUCCAAUUUGGGAUUCUAAAUGGCUUAUACUCAUUGAUGCAAAAUCAAAGUUCCCAAUUGUCGUAGAUAUGAACAAUGACACAACAGCGAAGAAUUUAUGUAAUGUAUUAGAACAAAUUAUUGACUGGUUUGGUCCUCCAGCAUCAUUGGUAUCAGAUAACGGUCCACCAUUCAACAGUAAUGAAAUGGUUAAAUUUUAUAUGACAUAUGGGAUUGAUCAUAUAACUUCACCACCUUAUCAUCCAGCUAGUAAUGGAAUUGCAGAAAGAUUUGUUCGUUCUUUUAAAGAAGCUAUGCUUAAACAACAACAAUCUGGAGUAACAAACAGAUCUACAGCAUUGAGAAACGUAUUAAGAAAUUAUCGUUGGACACCACAUACAUCAACAGGUGUUUCUCCUGCAAGUAUGAUGUUUAAACAUUCAAUUCGGACUGAAUUAGAUAUGAUGAAACCCCAUAAGUCAACCUUAUCGGAACAAAAGACAAAGUUUAAGAUUGGAGACGCAGUCUGGACAUUGAUUUACAAACCCAGCAAGCAACGACAAUGGGAAUCGGCAACCAUCACAAAAAUUCUUGGUUCAACGGUAUACAAAGUCAAAUCAUCUGAUGGACAACACCACAAACGACAUCAAAACCAGCUCCGCCCUCGCUGUACUACAGAUGUGAAUUCAUUCGAGAUCGACAUUCUACCUGAUGAUACAUUAGACACAAAGUCACCAUCAACAACUGUGCAAUCUUUCAAUUUAUCAUCUCCAAGGUACCCUACUCGAAUUCGUAAGCCACCAGAUCGUUAUAGUCCGUCGUAA